AAAAUUACCAAACUAAAAAUAAAGAGAAAUUUGGGAGGAGAAAAGGAGGAGACUUUGGAGGCAGUUAAUGGUUUCCUUGCAGAGAACAACCGUUUCAUCAAUCUCAAUUAACUAUCCCCACCCUUAAGUGAAAGCUUUCGCUUACUAGAGACACUGAAUGAGAGAAACUCUGCAAUAUAUUAAUCCAAGAUUUGGUUUUUAUUGAUUUAUUUUUCUGGGGUUUCUUGAUAUCAGAUAAUAAUCUGAUUAGUAUUGAUAUAUGUUGAGUGUAAAGAUCAGAUCUUGGAAUACAAUAGAGAUUCUUGGGAACGUAGAAGCUGGGAAGUGAUGAAAAUUAUCAGUUCUGCGGGGAAGAAGUAUGAAGUAGAGAUGGGGUUAGAGGUAGUGAGGAGCAGAAGGCAGUCGUUUGGGAGGAAAAGAAUUGAGUUGUUAAGUAGUGGUUUAGAGAUUGAUUAUUAUGUAAUUAACAGUAAUUGUAGUAAACAGAUAAAGAAGCAUUGCAGGAAGGUUUUACCAGAGAAAUCUUCAUCACCUUUCGAAGCCUUGCCUGAAGACAUUCUGAUUAGGAUAAUAUUUGGUGUUGAACAUGAGGAUUUGAUCAGCCUGUUUCAUGUAUCCAAGGCUAUUCGACAAGUGACAUUGAUAGCAAAGAAAUGGCAUUUUGAGUAUAACACGCCAAGAAAGACUAUCGACUUCGAAAGCUUUGUUGGUACUAUGGAAGAACCAAAUGCUCCAAGGCAGUCAAGGAUUCCAAAGAUUCAGUUAAGCAACAAGAGGCUGGAUGACAUAUCCAUGGUCUUGUUUCCUUGAUGUAAAAAGGAAAAUGGACUUGAUCAAUAUUGCCUUCAGAUCACAGAAAGUUUUUAGGGUGGGGUGAAGAAGUUGUUUCUCAUUUUUUUCUUCAACCCCUUGUUGAAGAUAGAUAUAUCAUACUGGUGCAUUGUAAGAGUGCGAUGUCUUAGGGAUUUUGUUGGAGGGCUGUGGGCAAUGGGCAUUGACUAUAUCUUUUAUAUUUACUAACAUAUGAAAUAUACCUCUGGCUGCAAAUUGUAUAUUACCAAGAUUUACUACAAUAUAGGGGAGAAGCUAGUCAAGCUCUUUGUGGGGGGUAAUCAAGACUGCUUUGAUCAAUAUUCAGAUUUGAUCCGAGCAUUCUCAAUCCGUAUUAGAACUCAAGCUAGUAGGAUGAAAAUUGUAGCAGAAUUUGGGUGUGUUAUUGACUUAUUGCCAAGCUAUAAGUAGACCAAAUAUUGAGUCAGGUGAAUUUUGACCUGCUGGAGUAGAGCUCGGUCGAGUUCGAGUCAAACUUGAUCUUAAUUAGUUAAUUCAAACCAAAGGGGCAUGUGCUCACGGGAUUGAGAUCUUCCGCCGUGCAGUAGAGCGACCGUCAGGAUUGAAAAAAUGACACCUCGAGAUGUGGACCUCGAGAUCUCAGGCUGUUGAAGUUUUGAUCGGAUGGUUUCCAAAAGUCGGGCACCGUGCCUUGCUCUAAAGCAAGGCAGAGACCCCAAAUCUAUGCUCAAGGCCUUCUCUUCAUGUGGGCUAUUAUAUAUGUAUACAUAACAUAAUUAUAUAUAUACAUAGUAUAAUUAUGUUUAAAGAAAAAAACAAAGAGUUACAAAGUUGUCUAAUUCUAAUAUUUUUC